UUCUGCGAGCAUAUUGCUGAUAUCUCCUGAUGGAAACUUUCUACAUCAUUAUUUCAUAUUUUCCUUCUGUUUCUCACGUAUCUCCUUACUGUCGGAUUUUCCUUGAUUUCCUUGUUUCCUUUCUUCUACUAGUAUCAUCACUGCCAUGAAUUUCUUUGAAGUUAGAUUCGUAUUGUAAUUAUGGAUGAGACGCUGGACGACUCCAAAAGUGCUUUAUUUCCCAUCUUUGAGGUCAGUGAAUCUAUUUCUGGCUCUCCUACUCCUUAUACAUAUGCCACCUGAUUCGAGACCAUGCCUUGGAGCUUUUGUGUCCAACAGAUUGAGUGACUCAAAGAACUAUGACCUCAACAACCUCGAUGAUUACAAGCCCAUGAAAGUUUUGAAAUAUUCAGAAGCAUUUGGGAGAUGUAUAUACACAAACAAUGCUGACAUUCACCCUCCUACAGUGUUUCCGAGAAUGGCAAUGUUACCAUCGAGCCUCCUCCUACUCAUAUACGCAUUGUCGACUUGUGUUAAUGCGGAAUUUUCUUUAACAUCUCAAGUAACAAGUUUUAUACCUUCUUGCGCACAAGUCUGCUUUGAGUCAUUUGUACAAGACAACUAUCCGACCAGUGUUUGUGGCGACACCCCUACGUUAGAUUGUCUAUGUGAAAAUGGCAGCAAGUCUACAUAUACUGUGGGAGAGGGGGCGGUACAAUGUAUAAUGUCAGAGGCCAGUGUUGGCUUUUGUAAUGGAGAUGAUUCUUCUAGUGAGUGAUUGUCGAGGUUGGCUUAAUGGGUCUUUCUGAUUUGUCUGGCAGAUGCUACAGUAUUAAAAGCAUAUGAGAUGUGCAAUUCCGACAGUAGUGCACUACCAAAUACACACAGCACUCUCACAGCAACUCUAGUUCUACAAUCCGGCUCCGCGAGCAUAGUACAGAUUGCUCCGGUAGCAACAACAAGUGCUAGUGGUUCAAUGGCCACAACUCUAAGCACAAGUGCAUCGCCAACUACUCCAAGUUCAACUACGGCAAGUUCAACUACGGCAAGUUCAACUACGGAUGUGAAAUCGUCGACGGGGGUACCACAACCAGCAGCUGCCACGAGUGUCACUUCAUCACAGGAGAAGAGCAAACCAGUUUUAUCGACCGGCCAAAUAGCUGGGAUUGUGGUAGCAGGAGUUGGUGGUGUGGUCUUGGCAGUUGUAGUUAUAUUAUUGUUUGCCUGUAUGAGGCGGAAGAGGCAGGCAAAUCGUGAUAGUGGAUACCUUCCAUUUCAACAAGAGCCUACAAUGAGCAUUAAAUCUCAAUCACACUUCGGAAUAGCAAAACCAAUAGCACCAUCGCCGGCUUCCGUUUCGACCCGAGGACCAACACCAAUAGCGCCGUUUUUGGGGGCUCGAAUGCAUCCAAGAGGGGGCCAACAGAGCCCGGAUCCUUUCUCCCAAAGGAAUGGCAUCCCGGAAAACAUUGGCCUCGCCAUGACUUCCGAAAGCCCCCAAAACAAUUCUUUAACUCCUAUGGGUUACACCGAAGACCUAUUCCAACGUGGACCUUCUCCACUUUUACCCGAAAGACCCACCCUAACCCUACAAGUUCCUUCCCAGCAAAAGUUUAACAACAUUCACAAUGCUACCUAUCAGCAACCAUCAACCUUCGCCGGUAACAAUCGGCAAUCUGCGGCAACGCAAUUCGAAGAUGAAGAUACAUGUAGCACAGCUGUAGCAUGUGAGGCACCGUGGAAUGCUGCCUCCUAUGGCUCCAUGUCUAAAGAAACGGUUCCUAGGCAGCCUAACCCUGCACAUUAUCGAUUACCUCGCCUUCAAGGCGAACUUUCGCCAAAUGAAACCGAAACUAUCAUCAAUUCCUACAAGGAUCCUUUGGUAGAACCUGAUUUCUACGUACCUCCCCUCAAUCUUCAAAGGAACUUCUCACAACCUCGUCGGCCUGAAAAUACAAUGAAACCUGUCAGCCGCAAUUCAUCUGUCAAGGAUCCUUCCACAGCAACAUCGUCUGUGUACUCGGCAAGAUCCCACAUUCGUCAGCCCUCGUCAAAUGAAGUUGAGAAGCUAAACUCUCUCAUGCAAUCUAAUCCCUCAUUUCGCCGCGUCCUUCGAAAAUCCGCGCACAAUCCCGGCGGACCAUAUGAUCAAAACCGCGCCUCUAGAACAUCUAUUGGUUCGAUGACAUCAUUCGAAACCAUAGAUUCUAUCAAUCCGGAGCUCCAAGAACUCUCUGGCGACAAUAACCUCAGUCCUGUCGCCGAAUCUCCGUCGGGCAGCCUAAACGCUGCUGGUAAAUCUCCCGUCAAAUACCCUAAAAUCAAAGGCAACCUGAGCCAGCGACAUUCUCGCAACCGCGCCCGCACUCGCACGUCAAUAAUAACCAAUUUCCCCGCUCCACCACCCAUCUCCAUUGAGUCACCCGUCUGUCCUCCCACGACGUACAGUAAUAAGCCAUGGCAAGAAGCCGAGAUCGCCGCUCAGAAAUUACGAAUGACAUCUCUUGGCCUAUCACCUGGUAACCAUCUCGCUCCCGGCUCUCACAAUUCAUCUAUCACAAUUCGCAAAAGCAAUGAUUUCUUCAGCCCCACUGUCUUAACGUCAAGGAGUCCUCCGCCCCCAAUCCCAUUACCCUUACCACCAAAUACUAGACAGAGAGAUAUAAGUCCAGGAAUUAUGAGCGGAGGCAGCGGUAAAAGAAACGCACCACCUGCCCCCUUAAACCUUGCUUCUGCUUCAAACUCAAAUACCAAUCGAUCACAAAGUAAAUGGAGAGUUCUUCCCGACAACAACGACGACACCAGCACGAACAGCAGCACCAUCACUCCUCCACAACAAACCUCGCCCACCAUCCCAUCCCCUCACUGGCGUCCACAAAUCCUCACAGGCAUCUUGCGAAAAGACAGCGUCCAAUCAUUACACAACAAAAACACCAUCAAUCUCGACAACCAAACCGAGAACCAACUUCAAUCCCAAUCCAUACACCCAAACCCAUCCAUCCAAGAACCCGAAGUCUCCUCUAUCUACAGUCAAGAAACCCGCAAUUUCACCUACGAUCCACGUCUUACACAAAUGACCACAAUAUCCAACAUCAAGGCCCAAGGUCAAGGUCAAGCUGCUGACUCCCAUACUACAUCCAACAUCAACUUGGAUUUCAAUUUCAACCAAGCUCCAAAAACCAAUAUCCAUACGAACACAAACACAAAUGGAAAAUCAAUCACACACACCAAAAACGAUGGAUCCAGUCAAGCAAUCACUAUAAAUACCAACGCAGACAAUCCAAGUCUACCCAAGACACCUGGCUGGGUACCAAAGUUAACCCCCACGCGAAGGGGAAAUGAUUUAUUUCUCAAUGUGCAAUAAAUAUUAUUUGUACAUUGGCGAAUUUCCAUUUCUAUUUCUACUUCUUGAUAAUGGAUAAUGAAUAAGGGGUACUCGAAUACAGAGAGCAUGUGUACAAAUAGUAUGUAGAAAUAGGCUUCUGGGAGCAGAAUGAAGGAUUAAAGGAUAAGAAAAGGAUUGGAUCUGGGUUGAUUUGGCUUGGGUUAGGUUGGAUUUUCUUGGACUGGAAAAUUUCUUCGGAAUAUAUUAGUACAUAUUCAUUUUUUUCCGUGUUCUUUUCUUUCCUUCUUUCCUGUCUUUCUUUUUUAACUUCUUGACUUUUAACAUUCAAGCUUUAACCCUUUUCUUUUUUCUCUCUUUCUUUUGUAAUUUUGUAUGAGUAUGAGUACGAGGACGAGGAUGAGGAUGAAGUUAUGAGUCGAGGGAUGAGUACGAUGUGAUGUGAUGUGAUGGGAUGGGAUGGGAUGGGAUAGGAUAGGAUGGAAUUGUUUAGGUUGCAUGUUAGUUGGAUCUUACGCUCUCUAUGUUUUCUUUUGUUGUUCUUAUUAUUGAAGAGAAGAGAAGAAAAGGAAGAUACCCAAGUCUGAAGUUAUAAGGAAAGAUACGAUACGGAGUUAAAGAAGCAUUGUAGGAGUUUAUCAUUGAUAUAGUACGGGGAUUAAGCGAGGGCGUUGAAAUUGCUGUUACAGUGGUGCUUGUGGAAAGGUUCUGUGGAUUCUUUGCAUGCAUGCAUUCAAAUCUAAUUGGAAGUUAGGUUAUGGGCAUUUGGAAGAUGUGGGUGGGUUUAAUGUAUUAGUGGCUAUUUAUAAAUUGAUUUUAAAAGUGCCAUGACACCACUGUGUAAAUGUUGAUGAUUUUAAUGCAAUUGUAGCUCGA